UUUAAAUGCAAAUAAACAAUUAUUAAGUGAAAAAGUUUACUGUUUCUUUGGGGAAAUUAAGCAUGCCUUAUUAUUAUUUGCUAUCCGAAGUGCCAGAUUUUGUAAGCGAACCUAUUUACAACAAAAGAACUUACAAGAAGCCGGAGCCAAUCAACCUUCUGUUGCCGUCCAUCCAUGCCAGUAGGGACCACAAUGUGUUGGAUGCCACCAGCGAUGCUGAAGAAGCUGUGAAGUGUCUGCUGAACUCAUGCACAGAUUCAGCAUCUUGGCCUUCAUCUGAAUAUUGUGAUGAAAAUGAGAACACCGUUCCAGAAAUUCUAAUCAAAGACGAUCAUGAGCCAAAGAAAUGCUUCGACCAUUUCCAACCUCCAGAUCGGUAUGUUCUGCCACCUCCUGUGCCGUCCUACGCUCCAGUCAUCCCCAAGUAUCGAUAUCCAUCCUGGGCGUACGACAGAGUCCCUGCCCAAGUGCUGGAGGCAGCAAGAUCAUUGUUCUACGACAGAGUGAGGAGACACGGGUUGUACUCGCAGACUUCCAGGUGUCCAACAGAUUACGAACUCUUUGCUGCAUGGGCAAAUCUUUCACGGUCUAACCAGAUGGCAUUUGUCGCUGAGGUGUGUGGCUCCUUUUCGCCAGACCAGGUCCAUGUAGACUCUCUGGCCACUCAGCGUGCAGUGAUGUCACUCCUCGCCUCCGCUCCAGACUCCUGUUCCUGGCCGUCGUUCCAGUACAAUCGCCUCCAGGAACAGAAGCUGCCCAAACCAGCCCCAAGACAAUCUCACCCAUAUCUUGCAAAUCCUCCGUAUAACCCGCUCAAGCCUCAACGUACAAACCCUUCUCUUAAUCUUCCCAACCUUCUAAAGCCUGUGGAAUUACGAAAGCAUAUGCUUCCAUUGAAAUAAUCCUGAAUAAGUUUUGUUUGUUUUACUGUUUUAUUUAGUUUAA